UUUAAUACAACUCUUCAUAUUUUCGUUUGUUUUGUUGUAUUUCUACUUUCCCACCAAAUUCUUCUUUGUUUUUUCGAAGUCUCCAUUUUGUUUAUAACGUUAAAAUCUGUCAAAAAGAGAGAUUUCAAAACGCAAAGCGCACAAAAGAGAAGAAAAAGAAUAGACAACAUAAAGUAAAGAAAGGAAAACCAUACGAAUUUUGCUUGGAAAAAAUCUAUAAAAUUGCACAAAACAAAAAAAGCUAUAGAUAAAUUGAAAAAUAAUAAAAUGGCACAAAAUAUAAGUCCUGAACACAGUGGACUCUCAGGCGGUUCUCAGGGUGUUAAGCAUAAUGAUGAUUCAGUACCUAUAAAGGAUAAUCAUGCUGUUAGUAAAAGACUGCAAAAAGAACUGAUGAGUUUAAUGAUGACCACCGAAAAGGGCAUAUCGGCCUUUCCCGAUGGUGAAAAUAUCUUCAAGUGGAUUGGCACCAUAGCCGGACCUGUGAAUACAGUAUACGCUACACAGAAAUAUCGUUUAUCAUUGGAAUUUCCCAAUUCGUAUCCGUAUGCACCGCCAGUAGUAAAAUUUCUAACACCCUGCUUUCAUCCCAAUGUCGACUUACAAGGUGCCAUUUGUUUGGAUAUUUUAAAGGACAAAUGGUCAGCUUUGUAUGAUGUUCGCACCAUCCUCUUGUCCAUACAGUCUCUAUUGGGUGAGCCCAACAACGACAGUCCCUUAAACGCGCAGGCAGCGAUGAUGUGGGCCGAUCAGACGGAGUACAAAAAAUACCUUGAUGCAUUCUAUGAAAAACAUCAAGACACAUAAAUAAGUUCAUUGAUAACACGUCAUCAUCCCCUUCAAGCUAAAACAAACAAAUUAUACCAAGCCAUCCUUUUAUUGAUUUUAGAGCAAAUGUUUGUGUGUAUGGGAAUUUGUAUGUUUUAUUGCAACUAAUUGUUUAAAAAUCAUUCUUAUCAUUAUUUCUUAUAAACCAUGAAUUAAUUGCUUUUGAAUCUUUAGCCGCAAAAAAAGUUUUAAUAGAGUUGGUUGCCUCUCCCUCAUAUCAUGCAGUUUAAAUUUAGUUGAAUCUCUAUUCUUGAAAACAAUCUUAUAAUACUUGCAAAAUCUUUAUUAAGAAGCUUAAAAAACUUGAAAUGUUUAUUAUUAUAAUUUAUAUUUUUCUUGCAUUUUUCUCAAUUUAAACAAAUACACUGAUUUCACUAAGUAUUAAUUUAAAAUUUUUAAUCUAAGUCCAUCAUUUCAAAAUUGUAAUGUCUUUGAGAUUUAAUACUAAAAACAUACCAAUAAAUAUAUUGUAACAUCUUUUAAGUUUAUGUUAAAAAAAUAUCCGUAUUUCUUUUUCUAGUUCAAUUGCCCACCAAAAACUUGUUUUGAAAGCUAAGUAAGCCGCUAUUCACUAGUUAUACAUUGUCAUUUUAACUCAAUUUCAACACGCCAAUGGAAAGUAAGCUGUUGUGUAAGUACAAGUCAUUACCAAGUUUUCGCUAGGUCCCAUGAUUGCGGGGUAGCUAGUACUUUGAGAGAGUUAAAACAAAUAU